CAAAAAUAUAAAACGCUAGCUCUAUAAAUUAUUAUUGUUAGAUUUAAAGAAAUAAAUAAAAUUUAAGAAUAAAAGAAACAGAACUGAAAUUUUAAACUAUGACAUUAAAGCAUUAUAGCGCUUUAAGUAAUAAUAAUAGCAACAACCAAAUGGAUACACUAGAAGAUAAAGAGGAAAAAUAUAGGAUUUUAGUGAUGGCAUUAGAAAAGAGAUGUGCUGAAAUUAAAAGAUCUAAUGAAGCAUUAGCAGCAAGAUCUAUAACAAUUAGAAAAUUAAUCAAAAAGAGGUCUAGAGACGUAGAAAUUCUAAAAGCACGACUCGAUAAAUUCGGCGAUUCAUGGAGAUUUGUGUAGGAAACUCAACUUUAUUUAUUUUUAUAUACAACAUUUUAAU